AGGAUAUAAAUACAGUGCACUUCCAGUCAUAGAAUCAAUUAAAAUAUACAUCAGUGGAAAAGGACAUACACAAAUGGAAAAGCAUCUCAUAGCUGUGAAUUGGAAUUUGUUUUUUAUAUUCACCGGAAUCGGACUUUCACCAUUUUCUUUCAAUAAGCGCCAUGGCCAUAUACGUGAAAGCAUCUGGAAAAACCUAUGGUCAGCCCUUGUUCUCAGUGUUGUUCUAUUUAACUAUUGCUGUCAAAAUAGCUUAAACUCGAUUCAUCCCAAGCGACAUGGAUUGGUAAUCACAUUUUCCGAAUGGACCAUGACUGUGAUGUCUAUGAUUUUUUUGGCAUGUUCGGUGAUCCAGGCAGUGAUCAAACGAAAGAUACAGAUUGAGUGCAUCGAAAGCAUCAACGAAAUCGAUUUUAUCAUGCAGAACAGAUUUGCGUGUCCGAUUGCAGAGAAUCUUGUCAAUAAAUCUACUAUGAAACGUUUCAUUUGGCUCAUAGCUAUUUGGUUAAGCAAACAUAUUCUUGGACUUAUAUGUUCGAACAAAAAAAUGCUAAGAUUGUACAUGCUUUUUUACCUAGCGCCAAUUGUGUUCCUUUCGAUCGCACGCUUGUUAAUGCAAACAUUUUUCAUCGACUCAAUAUGUUUCAGGCUUAAAGUAAUAAAUGCCGAACUAAGUCUAUACAAUGACGAAAAUAUUUCUGGCACUUCGAAACGCAACUUCCAAGAGACCGUCAUCCACGUGCAAGCGAUUUACGCAAAAAUUUGGAAGGCGUUUUGUAAAGUUAACCUUAUGUUUGGCUGGUCGUCUAUAACAUUGGUGUUGAAAUUGUUUGUCUAUUUAAUAGUCAUAAGUUUUUGGUGCAUCACUGGACCAAAGAAAAUUGAGUUGACUGUAUGGGAACAAAUUGAAUCAGGCUUGGAAAUACUUUUUAACAUCAGUACGAAGAGCUUUUUAUGUCAUUCCGCUUCUACUUGCAGGAUGGAGGCAAACAAAACUUCAGAGAUUCUUCUUAAACCACUCGAAUGCGGCCUUAAUGAUGAGAACGUGCGUGAUUUUGUGGCCCAAAUGAACCACCAACCUUUCAUAACUUCUGCUAAUGGAUUCUUUGACAUAGAUUACAGUUUGUUAGGAUCGGUGCUUGCUGCAACCGCAACAUAUAUUGUCAUCAUGCUGCAACUAGAACAGAGCUGAACCCUAAUCUGUGACAUCUUCCUACUGCUAUCACUUAUAAAACCAGCUACUUCUGCAUACUAAAUAUGCCAGGGCCACUUACAGACAUGGAUUAUGGAUAUAGUAAAUCCCAAUAUUUGCUGCUAGUUUUUAACUCACUUGAACAUAACAUAAUAAGUAUUAAAUGUGAUUGACUACUGCAUUAUAUCAAACGUAUUAGAAUCAACAUUGGUAACUCUCAGCAUGCUUCAUACACCUCA